GCAGUAACAAUCCAUCUUGGAGGGCCAGCUCACUUAUGAACGUAAAUUAAGUUAGGGUGUUUACGUCAAACAAUGAAUAAAGAACUAGAUGAAGAGACAUUGCAAGAUCUGUAUGCUUGGAUUGACAAAAUACCACUUUCCAGACCAAAACGGAAUAUAACAAGGGACUUCAGUGACGGAGUGAUGGCAGCUGAGGUGGUGAAGUUUUAUUUUCCAAAACUCGUGGAGCUGCAUAACUACACUCCUGCCAACUCGACCCACCAGAAGCUGAACAACUGGGGCACUCUGAACAGGAAGGUCUUCGCAAAGUUGAACUUCCAUGUUCCAGAAGACACCAUAAAGAAAAUAUCACUAUGCACAGCUGGGCUUAUUGAGUCUGUUCUCUGCACACUGAGAGAGAAGAUUGAAGACAAGCGGCUGGGAGCUCUCGAAGAGAGAGGGCCACAGGACUUGGAGUACUACAGCACCACAAAUGAAAAAUCAAGAACAGGUAUGACAGCUCCACUCUAUAAAACUCCUGUAGUUGGUAAAGCUGGUGGACCUGUGUCUGUGUCCGAGUCAGCCCGUUUUUUGCAUGUCCCCAGGGCCCAGCCCACCACGGUGACCACCUCCCACAUGGACCCCACGUUCCGCCUUCUGAUGGAGGAGAAGGAGCAGGCCCUCUUAGCUCUGAAGGAGACAGUGGAGAUCUUGCAGAUCAAAGUGAACAGGCUUGAACACCUGGUUCAGCUGAAAGACCUGCGCAUUGAGGAUUUAACCCGACAUGUAGAGCGGUACAGGACCCGGGCUAACAUGGCAUGAGUUCCAGUCCCAGCUACAGGUGGAUGCUGGGUGCUAGGUUACCACCCAGCUGUGGGAGGAUGCUGGGUGCUAGGUUACCACCCAUCUGCAGGAUGAUGCUGGGCGCUAGGUUACCACCCAGCUGUGGAAGGAUGCUGGGUGCUAGGUUACCAUUCGGCUGUCACUGUGUCUCUAAAAGAGCUUGAGUGAGUUAAUGGCUUUAUAGGAUUGUGUCCUAUUUCUCUAUAUAUUGCUUGUUUUUUGAGACGUAUGCUAACGUCACAUAUGACUACAAUGGAACUGUUACUACCCAGGGCACUUUAAAAAAAAGGUUCAAUCAUGACACUGUCCCCAGUUAAAGGAGAACUAUAAUGGUUUUCAGGUUUGCAUUUCCAAAUGUAUCCUGUUUAGUGAGCCGGCUGGAUGUCUAAAGUGUGUGAUAUUCUGCCUGGCCUAGGUUGCAGUGAGGUAAUAUUGCUGUGCUGUGAGUUGAGAAGCCAGAGUUUGCUUCCCACAUCUGACAAGCAGAGUCAUCGCCUGCCCAAAAAGCACUGUCAACACGACACCUUCCUGUUAGAGGUGAAUGACAAACCAACUGUUAUGAAGAAAAAAAGAAGCAUUCUUGUUGUGCCUGACACCAGUUUCAUAAGACUGGAUAAAACGGAAUUUCAAACAAGCAAGACACAAAGUGAACGGGUUGCUUGGUGGCUUAUCCUGCAUGUUCCAAUGCAAUAUAUUAAUAUAUUGCAAUAAUAUAGUAAUAUAUUAGUGUGCUCAUAUUCAAAUUAUAUUGUAUAUAAAUGCUAAUGCUGUUGAUUACUGAAGUAAAUACGAAUUGUAGAAAUCCAAAUGCUAUGAGUGCCUGAGCAGCCUCUCAUGCUUCUCAGCCUCUCAUUUCUCAUAUAUAUAUAUAUAUUUUUUUUUUAAACAAAAUCCUGGAAGUGGUCCAUCCCUAAUUUACUCAGUUGAAUAUGGCCACAUUGUGACAUGUAAAAGUUUUGGGGUGGUUUUAAUUGCUCAUUAGUUUUCAGCUAUUUCAAUAGUUGAUUUCAAUAGUUCAAUAGUUCCCCUUUAAGGGAACUGUAUGCCUUCACGAAAUGAAAGAAUCAAGUGGUUAAGACUAAAGCUAAUCGAUGUCAUAAACAAUUACAUUGCUUUUCAUAAAAGAUAAAAUUUUUACUAGUGUUUUUACUACAAGUAGGCUUUUUUAUUCAGUCUUCUGGUCCAAUAAAGUAUAUUCUUCAGUGAGACUGAAGAAGACAUGAUUAUGUACACUAAUAUUUAUGUACUGUGUGAACAGCGCUUGUACAAGCAAGUCCUUUGUGACCUUUUGAGAUGAUUCUUAUCCUCUGUCUUCAGUCUUAAAUAAAAAUGAAAUUGCAGUGGUAGAAAAAAACUGAAA